AUGCCUUCCAAGGUUCUGACUCAUGACGACUACACCGUGGGAUGGGUCUGUGCCCUUCCAAAGGAGAUGACGGCGGCAGAGCUUAUGCUUGACGAAGAGCAUGAGCUGCUCGACAAGCCGCCAACCGACUCCAAUGCGUAUACCCUCGGGUCUAUUAGCGGCCACAAUGUGGUCAUAACCUGUCUUCCUGAAGGAAGGACUGGCAACAAUUCCUCUGCUGCCGCUGCUACCCGGAUGACAUCCACUUUUCCAUCUAUCAGAGUGUGCUUGAUGGUUGGCAUCGGCGGCGGUGUUCCAAAGGGCGCCCCUCAGGGUGUCAGACUUGGAGACGUCGUCGUCAGCUCUCCCGUGGGGAAGUUCCCCGGUGUCGUCCAGUGGGACUUCGGCAAAGCCACAAAGGAUGGCAGUUUCGAACGAACAGGCGCCCUUAACAAUCCCCCAACUUCGCUGCUGACAGCUUUGUCAAAGUUGAAAUCACGGCACCUUAGGGCGGGCUCGGAAGUCCCAAACUACUUGAAGGAGAUGCAGGUCAAAAAUCCGGGCAUGGAUGUUAGGUUUUUAAGAUCCGACGCGCUCAAGGAUGUGCUAUUCAAGUCCCGCUAUCACCAUGUCGACAGAUCCCCAACCCCGUGUACGGGAAAUGCGGAUCUUGACGAUAGUAGCGACGACGAGGAAGACAAGGAUGAGUGCCAGUGGUGCGAUGAGACGAUGAUUGUUAAAAGAAAGCCCAGGAAUAUGAUGGUCCACUACGGUCUGAUCGCGUCAGGCAACCAGGUGGUCAAGGAUGGGGCAUUCCGGGAAAAGAUCAACAAGCUUCUCGAUGGGAAAGUCCUGUGUUUCGAGAUGGAGGCCGCAGGCCUAAUGAACGACUUUCCAUGCAUCGUCAUUCGGGGCAUUUGCGACUAUGCCGACUCUCACAAGAAUAAGAGGUGGCAAGAGCAUGCUGCGGCUGUGGCAGCAGCAUUUGCCAAGGAAUUCUUGACCAUGGUCCAAGCUAGCGAGUUGAAGCAAGAGCAGACGAUCAAGAACAUGCUUGGUGAAGUCGUCUCCCGACAGCGUGACCAGAAGCGCCAGGAAAUCCUUGACUGGCUUACGCCAACAGACUACACUUCCAAGCAGGCCGACAGCUUCGGGCGGCGGCAGCCAGGAACUGGCCAAUGGUUUCUGGACUCAACGGAGUUCAAGGGCUGGAAAGGGACCAGCGGGCAGACAUUGUUUUGUCCGGGUAACCCUGGGGUGGGGAAGACGAUUCUCACCUCAGUCGUCAUCGACCAUCUCACAACGCAGUUUUCUGCCGACUCAAAAACCGUGGUCGCCUAUAUUUACUUCAGUUUCAAGAACAACAAUCAACAGAAACUGGGUGAUAUACUGGCAAUCUUACUGAAACAGUUGUCGCAGGGCCAACCUUCCCUUCCGGAAGACGUACAAAAGCUCUUUACAAAGCAUCGGGACCAACGGUCGCAGCCAUCAGUUGAGGAGCUCAGACAAGCCUUGAUGGCAGUUUCAACGACAUGGCGCAAGCUCUUCAUCCUUGUCGAUGGCCUUGACGAGUGUCCCACGCCAGAUGGUUGUCAGCCAAGACCCAUCCCGGAGAUUGUGAAAAACUUCCAGUAUGCCGUGUCCCUAGAAAUCAAGGCAGCUAAGGCGGAUGUCGGGAGCUAUCUCGACAGUCAGAUGGGCCGGUUGCCCGAGUGCGUCAAGGGUGAAGCACUCCUACAAGAGGAGAUAAAGAAAAAGAUCGUAGAAAUUGCCAACGGGAUGUUCUUGUUCGCACAACUCUACUUCGACGCAUUGACUACUAUGACGAGCCUCUUCGCUGUCAAAGAGGCUUUACGAAAUAUGGAACAAGGUUCCGAUGCAUACGACUGCGCUUAUGCAGAUGCUAUGGAUAGAAUUGAAGGUCUAGCCGCGAGCCACAAGAUGUUGGCAAAAAAUGCACUAUUGUGGAUUGCUUUUGCAAGGAGGCCGCUAAUGAUGGAGGAGCUUAGACAUGCCCUCGCAGUGUAUCCCGGCGACUCGGCAUUGAAUGAAGACAAACUCCCCAACGAUAAGCAGAUACUGUCUGUCUGCGCCGGGUUGGUCACGGUAGACGAGAAUAGUGGAAUCAUCCGCCUCGUCCACUCCACCGCACAGGAGUACUUGAAGCGAACUCAAGAAAAAUGGUUCCCCGGUGCGGAUGCCCGCAUCGCGAGCAUUUGUGUUACCUACCUAUCCUUCAGCACUUUCGAAAGUGGAUUUUGUCAGACAGAUGAAGACUUUAGUGAGCGGCUCCGGGAGUACCAUCUCUACGACUACGCCGCAUGUAACUGGGGGGAUCAUGUCCGAAAUUCAUCAUGCUUAGGCCAGGACGUCAGGAGCUUCCUUUCCAAGAAGCCUCAGGUAGAGGCGUCAAGUCAAGCCCUGAUGGCCAGCCGAGCUUCCUUCUUGAUGCCGGGCUACAGCCAAGAUGUUCCAAGGCAAGUGACGGCAAUGCAUCUGGCAGCAUACUUCGGGAUAGGAAAUGCAGUGGCGGAGCUGCUCAGCGGCGGACAAACCGCGGACCCGAAGGACAGUUACGAGCGGACGCCGCUAUUUUGGGCUGCGAAGGGGGGCCAUGGUGGUGUCACCGAGAUCCUAGUACGUGUAGGAAAGGCUGACCCUACCCUCAAGGACAGAGAGGGCCAUACACCCGUGUCGUUGGCUGCAUGGUCUGGAUUUGAUCCCGUCGUCGAGGUACUGCUAGAGGCUGCUGUCGACUUCGACUCGGUAAGAGUCGCGCUGCUGGGGGCCAUGAUGAACGGCCAUGAGUCAACCAUGAGAUUGAUACUAGGUUCGGCAAGACCUGAUACUAAGGCCACUUUAUAUUCAACGGCCCUGUCUCAGGCUGUUCGGGCCAGCAGGAGUUCAGCCGUUGAGUUUCUGCUGAACGAAAGCGUGGCUGAUCGUGAUUGCAAGGACGGAUUUAUCGGGGCGCCAUUACUUGACGCCGUGAAAUGGGGCCAUGAGGCGAUAACCAAGCUCCUGCUAGGCUCAUCUAAGAUUGAUCCCAAUUGGAGAGACGCACGUAGUGGUGGAACAGCACUGUCCCAGGCUGCCGAGUUCGGACGGGAGGCCAUCGUCGUGCUCUUGCUAUCCCGCGAGAAGACGGAUCCCGACUGGAGAAACGCACAUGGCCAGACACCGAUGUCACUAGCCGCGCGGUACGGCCACGCAGGGAUCGUGAGAGUUCUAGCAUCGUUGAAGCGCGUUGAUGCUGGUUCGGUGGAUGGAUACAACCGGACGCCCCUCAUCUAUGCCGCUAGACAAGGACACGAGGCUGUUGUUGAAUUUUUGAUGGAAUCAGGCAAGCUGAACGGCGCCGCUCAUGACGCGGAGAAGCAGGAGGCACUUUCGGAGGCCAAAAAGAACGGUCAUGACAAAGUCGUCCGGUUGCUGCAGGGCCAUGGCGUUGCGGAAGACUCCGUGUGCCGGGGAGAAGAUCUGAGUAGCCCCUUGGGUCUCAACUCGGGCACUGGUUCAAGCUCUGACUGUGGCACCGACUCCGAUGUUGAAUCCUCUAAGCUUGGCGAUUAG